UAUGCGCAGUGGAAGUUUCCGGGUCCGCGGACGGGUCUACGCUCUGUUCCAUCAGAAGGUUUCGGGCUGCUCGCGCUCGGUUUAUUACGCAUGAAAUAUGGUAGCUGCCAGUUAGUGGCUUCAUUACAACAGAAGUAGGGUCUAGUGGAGGAGUUUCAGAGUAUCGUUGCCUAAUAUUUAUUAAUUUAUUUGAUCUGAAAUUAUGGUAAAAAAGGACAAAGGUGAUCGGGAGAAGAAGAAGGCAAAGAAACGCCCCUAUGAAGAUGAGGAGGAAGAGGAGGAGCCAAUGGGCAGCGAAUCCCAGGAGGCCGUCCCUUCAGCUGCUGGGAAGCAAGUAGAUGAAUCCAGCACCAAGCUGGACGAGUAUGGAGCCAAGGAUUAUCGCCUGCAGAUGCUUCUAAAAAAUGACCAUUGCUCUCGUCCGCUCUGGGUGGCUCCAGACGGCCACAUCUUCUUGGAAGCCUUCUCACCGGUUUACAAAUACGCCCAGGAUUUCCUGGUGGCGAUUGCAGAGCCUGUGUGCCGCCCCACGCAUAUCCACGAGUACAAGCUGACUGCCUAUUCCCUGUAUGCCGCCGUCAGUGUGGGUCUGCAGACUGGUGAUAUCAUUGAGUACCUGCAGAAGCUUAGCAAGACCUCUGUGCCUGAUGGAAUUGUGCAGUUCAUCAAGCUAUGCACUGUAAGCUAUGGAAAGGUGAAACUUGUCCUGAAGCAUAAUAGGUACUUUGUGGAGAGCACGUUUCCUGACGUGAUACAGCGCCUUCUGCAGGACAACGUCAUCCGAGAUUGUCGCCUUCGUACUGCAGAAGGGGGCGAAACUGAGCUCAUUACGGAGGUCAUUUCAAACAAGUCUGCGAUUUCAAAGUCACUUGGGGAUGGUGCAGGUCCUUCCACUUCCCAGCUGCCGGAGGGCCAAAGCUCGGGUGCGGAGGUGCCUGAGGAUAUCUUCACCUACUAUGAGCAGAUGGACAAGGAAGAGGAGGAGGAAGAGGAGACUCAAACUGUAUCAUUUGAGAUUAGACAGGAGAUGAUUGAGGAGCUGCAGAAACGCUGCAUCCAGCUGGAGUACCCUCUCCUAGCGGAGUAUGACUUUCGCAAUGACACGGUGAACCCGGACAUUAACAUGGACCUGAAGCCCACAGCUGUUCUGAGACCCUACCAGGAGAAGAGUCUGCGUAAGAUGUUUGGCAACGGCAGAGCUCGCUCAGGGGUCAUCGUACUGCCUUGCGGUGCGGGUAAGUCCCUGGUGGGGGUAACGGCGGCCUGCACGGUGCGGAAGCGCUGCCUCGUCCUGGGAAAUUCCUCAGUGUCGGUGGAGCAGUGGAAGGCACAGUUCAAGAUGUGGUCCACCAUUGAUGACAGCCAGAUAUGCCGCUUUACAUCCGACGCCAAGGACAAACCCAUAGGCUGUUCGGUGGCUAUCAGUACCUACUCCAUGCUGGGGCACACCACUAAGCGCUCCUGGGAGGCAGAGCGGGUCAUGGAGUGGAUGCGUAACCAGGAGUGGGGCCUCAUCAUCCUGGACGAGGUCCACACCAUCCCAGCCCGGAUGUUCCGGCGGGUGCUGACAAUCGUUCAGGCUCACUGCAAGCUGGGCCUCACUGCCACACUGGUUCGAGAGGACGACAAGAUCGUGGACCUUAACUUCCUUAUCGGCCCCAAGCUGUAUGAGGCCAACUGGAUGGAGCUGCAGAACAAUGGCUACAUUGCAAAAGUCCAGUGUGCAGAAGUGUGGUGUCCAAUGUCCCCUGAAUUUUACCGGGAAUACGUAUCUAUUAAGACAAAGAAGCGGAUCCUGCUGUACACAAUGAACCCCAACAAGUUCCGCGCCUGCCAGUUCCUCAUCCGCUACCAUGAGCGCCGCAACGACAAGAUCAUCGUCUUUGCCGACAACGUCUUCGCCCUCAAGGAAUAUGCCAUUCGGCUUAACAAGCCGUACAUCUAUGGACCCACCUCACAGGGAGAGCGAAUGCAGAUUCUACAGAACUUCAAGCACAAUCCCAAGAUCAACACUAUCUUCAUCUCCAAGGUUGGAGACACUUCGUUUGACCUUCCUGAAGCGAACGUGCUGAUACAGAUCUCAUCGCACGGUGGAUCACGCAGACAGGAGGCCCAGAGGUUAGGCAGAGUGCUUCGUGCAAAGAAAGGUAUGGUGGCAGAAGAGUACAACGCCUACUUCUACUCACUGGUCUCUCAAGACACGCAGGAAAUGUCCUAUUCUACCAAGAGACAGAGGUUUCUAGUGGACCAGGGCUACAGUUUCAAGGUAAUCACAAAGAUGGCAGGUAUGGAGGAGGAGGAUCUCAUGUUUUCCACCAAGGAGGAACAGCAGCAGCUCUUGCAGAAGGUUCUGGCCGCAUCCGACCUGGAUGCUGAGGAAGAGGUCGUUGCAGGUGAAUCCAGCGGGAGACCACAGUUCUCCCGUCGCUCCGGCACCAUGAGCUCCAUGUCGGGUGCAGAUGACACAGUCUACAUGGAGUACCACUCCGCACGCAGCAGCAAGAACUCCUUCAACAAGAACAUACACCCUCUGUUCAAGCGCUUCAGGAAGUAGACCGUGCUGAACGGAUGCUUAGACAAACUCCUCCACAAAGCAGUGCAGGGGAGCCUUAAUCGAGGACACAGUAGGGAAGUUAAUUAUUGGAUGACAUGCAUCCCUCAAAUCCACCUACAGUUAAGGGUGGAUUUGUCUCAAAGCUAAUGGUGGGAGAUGAGGGAUUCAUCCAGGAUUCAUCCAGGAUACAACACCAUGCCUCUCCUCUCCCCUGUGUCAUGGCAUAUAUAUUUUUUCUUUUCAUGUGGCAUUAUUUAAAAAUGUGACUGUUUAGAACGUAGAAAUUAAUUGUAAAUUUUCUACUGCUCAAUGUGGUUUGCAUUGGCAUAAACGUAUCACUUGCCCCAUGGGCAAGUUAGUAUUACAAUAUUAACAUUAAACAGCAGAAUGUCCUGUGCACCCACCCCAGCGACUAUAGAAGCACACGCUGCGUUAAGCACUGCUUCGGUACUUACAAUGCAGUAUAUACAGUGUUGCUCAGUGUGCUUGUUACAGCUGUGAGUUUGGUUCUGAUACUUGCGUUCAGUGGGUUGUCUAGAUGGGGGGUGUCUCUUACCAAGCUAAUCUUGCUCAGGCAAACAUGGUCCUGGGGCAGUUAUGAUGGGGGGAAUAAGGGAUCCCAUAAGUGGCUGACGAGAUGUUUUUCUGGAGCAGAGCUACAGAACAGUGUGUUACCUGUUUACACAAAUGGGUACAUUGCAAUAUCAGCAAUGGGAAUUCAUGUAAAAUAUUAAAUUGAAUUUUAUGUUUUGCUGUGUA